CUAAUUUCAAAAGUCAGUGCUCCCAUUCUCAAAAUUGCUCGAGUGCAUUGUGUGUGGCCAUUGUUGUCGCCGACUCGCCGUCGUUGGUCCUCUUUGUAAAUCGCUGGUCGAUAUUCGCCUGUCAUAGUGUCAUGGCAGCCACAAAUCAAAAAUCAAUGAAGCAAUUUUUUUUCAAAGUACCAAAAUCAAGUUUGGCCGCUCCUCAUAAGCAAUCUAACUUGGAAGAAGAUGCAGUACCAAAAUCAAAUUUGGCCACUAAUAAUCAAUCUAAUUUGGACGAAGAUGGCAACCAAUUGGAAGUACCACUGCAUUCUUCUCAAAGACAACAAAUUAAUCUUGAAACUUUAAACCACGAUCCGGCCGAAAGAACUCAAAUCUUGGACUGCCAUCCAAACCUUCGCGAUGAGAUUAGAAGAGCAUACAUUCAGAGAGGUGCUUGUCAACCUCGAGAACAUAACUUUCUCAAAUAGAUUUUUAUGGAGUAAUGCGUCGUUUCAAUCCUAAAUGGUUUGAUGAUUAUCAUGAGUGGUUGGAGUAUAGUAUAAGUAAUGAUGCAUCAUAUUGUUUGAGUUGUUAUUUGUUUAAAGACUAUAAUAUUCAUCAAGGUGGAGGUGAUGUAUUUUCGAGCAUAGGGUUUAAGAGUUGGAACAAAAAGAAGAGCUUUGAUAAGCAUGUUGGUGGGCCAAGUAGCAAUCAUAAUCAUGCAAAAGGGAAAUGUGUAGAUCUACUAUGUCAAUAACAGUCCAUUAUAUCUGCAUUUGAGAGGCAAUCUGAUCAAGUUAAGCAUGAUUACUGGAUUCGUUUAACUUCUUCGGUUAAUAUAGUAAGACUUCUUUUGAAGCAAGGAUUUGCAUUUAGGGGUCAUGAUGAAUCUAAAACAUCAUUUAACAGGGGUAAUUUUCUUGAAAUUCUCUCAUGGUAUGCAAAGGAAUGUGAUAAAAUUCAUGAUUAUGUAUUGGAAUAUGCUCCUCAAAAUGAUCAGAUGACUUCUCCAAUGAUUCAAAAAGACAUCGUGACUGCAUGUAAGAUGGAAACAAUCAAAGCUAUCAUUAAAGAAUUAAAUGGUGACUACUUUGCCUUAUUAGUUGAUGAAUCUUUUGAUGUGUCGCGAAAGGAGCAAAUGGCUAUUGUCUUACGAUAUGUUGAUAGAAUGUGAUUUGUGGUAGAGCGACUUAUUGAUAUUGUUCAUGUCAAUGAUACUUGUGCUUCAUCUCUAAAGAAUGCAAUUGUUGAUUUACUUGCUAAACAUUCCUUAAGUCUAUCAUAUGUUCGUGUGCAAUGUUACGAUGGAGCAAGCAAUAUGCAAGGUGAGCUCAAUGGCCUUAAAAUAUUGAUUAGGAAAGAAAGUAGAUCGGCUUAUUCUAUUCAUUGUUUUGCUCAUCAAGUUCAAUUAACUCUUGUUGUGGUUUCAAAAAAAUGUAUUCAAGUAGGAGAACUUGUAGUUUUGGUCUCAAAUAUUUUGAAUGUGUUGGGAUCUUCUUUUAAGCGAAUAGAUGAAUUUCGAGAAUCUCAAAAGGAAAGAAUUGAAGAGGCAUUAGAUAUGGGUAAGUUUAAAACCGGUAGAGGCUUAAAUCAAGAACUUGGUCUUUCAAGAGCUUGUGAUACUCGUUGUGAUUCUUAUUACAAAUCUUUUAAAAUUUUUAUUCGUAUGUUUGGCUCUAUUCUUGAUGUUCUUGAAGCACUUGUUGUUCAUGCACGUUUGAUGGAUGAGAGAGCUAAGGCAAUGGGAUAUCUCAGAACUUGUCAAACAUUUGAGUUUGCAUUCAUGUUGCAUUUGAUGAGAGAUGUUUUGGCAUUCACAAAUGAGCUAAAUAAAUGCUUACAAAAGAAGGAGCAAGAUAUCGCAAAUGUUAUGCUACUUGUAGAAGUAGCAAAGAGAAGGUUGCAAAGUUUUAGAGAAGAUGAUUGGGAUUCACUUAUUAAAAAAGUAUCUACAUUUUGUAUCAAGUAUGGCAUUUUAAUACCUAAUUUUGAUGAGCCAUACGUUAACUCUUUAAGAUCACGACAUAAAUCUACCGAUCAUACUAUUUUGCAUCAUUAUCGUGUUGAUGUGUUUUGUAAGAAAUUCAAGAACUCAAUGGUCAUUUUGACGAAGUGACUACUAAUUUGCUUCA